GAGUCGGUGCCUAUCUUCCUACAACGUAGAGCAUAUAACGAUUGGGAUUGCACUACAACCUUUUGUUUUUGAUGGUAUAACAUGCUAUAAGGUGCAGGUAUACUUCCCGCAAGCUAAAUUUAUUUUUUAUAGUUUGAACCGUGGAACGCAGGAAGCCCCUCAUUCCUACCCGGCAGGGUGAGCUUGGCUCCUCUUGGAGGCCUCAUGGAUCCGCGGCUGAUUACCUCGCGUCUGGAUCUCCUCAUUGCUCUGCGAGUCGCCUCGAUGCUUUUGUCCAUUAAAUUCAUGUUGAUCAAUAGCUUAUCGACUGCCGCCGCUCCAGAGAGCGGCUUUUCGCUCUGGUUGCGUAUGCUUUAGUAAAGUCCCGAUGUCGAGUGCUUGUACAGAAACCCCUCAAGUGAUAGGGCGCUGCUCUCAAAGUUCUAGAAUGAUAGACUCCCGGGUCGUGUUUCUCUGGCGACUCUAUGCCAUUCUUUUCUUAGUCGUCGCUGUUUUUGCGGAUUUCUCAAACGCUAUCGAAACGCGAUGGCAAGCUUUAGCGGAGGUACAUCAAUCGCCUGGUGAGAUCAGAGCCCAGCAUGUCCUCAGUCUACCACCACCACAGUCGCCCAUAUAUCACUCAGAACCCUCCCGAAGACCAUCAACCGAUAAUUCUAUACGACCCACGAACCCUACCCUCUUUCCAACCGAGAACAAUAUCCUUCGCGACCUCCACAAUGCCCUCUCGACCAUGCAAGACCACUACUUCUCGCUGUGGCUAGGUACAUGGAUGACAGCCAUCGACUGGACAGGCGCCGUGAUGGGUACCUACGUCUCAGCAACACUGUCUUCCUUGUCGCGCUCGAUCGAUUACACCAUGCCGGGUACAUUUGAUGUAUCACGGAAGCUAGACGUCGAGGCGCAGAUGGUGGAGAACGAGAUAAACAAGUACUUCGCGCAUAGCACAAGUUACUAUUUCGGUCAAGACCAUUUUGCCAUACGCAUGCAAGCGUUCGACGAUAUGCUCUGGGUGGUUUUGGGGUGGUUGGAGGCUACCAACUUCAUUUCCUCACACUCUGCAACUCAUUAUGAGCCCGGCGCUGGGUUUGGACAAGGAGAGGGGAGGCAAGGAGAAUGGCACGCCCGCCAGUUCAUAUCUGCAUUUGCCCACCGCGCGCGUGUCUUCUACGAACUCGCGGAGAAAGGUUGGGAUUGGCGCCUUUGCGGCGGAGGGAUGACGUGGAACCCGCGUCUUCUGCCGUACAAGAACGCUAUCACCAAUCAACUUUUCGUUUCUGCGAGUAUCAGUAUGUACCUAAACUUUCCCGGCGACGAUAUUUGCAGCCCUUUCCUCUCGCAGCACGACGCAGUCAAUUCGUAUUCGGACAAACUGUACGACGACUGCGAUGAGAGUAUUCGCGGUCGGUACGAUCCAGUGUACCUUGCGAAUGCGGUCAAUGGGUACGAUUGGUUGAAGAACAUCGGCAUGACGAAUGACCAGGGCUUGUAUGUAGAUGGCUUCCAUAUCAGCGGGUAUCGCCAGAAUCAUAGCAAGACAGCGUGCGACGAGAGGAAUGAGAUGGUCUAUACAUACAAUCAGGGCGUAAUCCUAUCCGGACUGCGAGGAUUAUGGGAAGCUACAGGGAACCUAACGUACCUCGAGGACGGGCAUGAGUUGAUCCGCAACGUCAUCAAGGCUACGGGCUGGCAGUCGAGGAGUACGACUGCUAAACACAAAGACACUCUAUCAUCAGACUGGCACGGCCUGGGCAGCAACGGCAUUCUAACAGAGCUCUGUGACCCUUCUGGACAAUGUAAUCAAGACGGGCAGACAUUCAAAGGCAUAUUCUUCCACCACCUCACUGCGUUCUGCACUCCGCUGCCUACCCACCCCGCUAGACCUGGCAAAACGUACGCCUCUACAAGAGAAAUACACACGCUGCACCAAAGAAGCUGCAACGAAUACGUCGGCUGGGUCGUACACAAUGCCCAAGCAGCCCUGCGUACCAGAGACGAACAAGGCCGCUUCGGAGCCUGGUGGGGCGCUUCCGAUUCCGCCUUCUCUGACCAAUCUGGUAAAGAAGGCAGUGAAGUGCAGAAGAAGGACACCGUUGUCGUCCAGCUGCCGCAUGGUGCAGUGGACUACCACAACACACGCACCAAGUCAGAAGAAAUGUACUCGGAUCCCGAGUAUGCAGAACCAGCGGCCCAGGAUCUGAUCGCUGCGAACGAAGCUCAAGGCGACCUUAAUCAUCGGGGGCGAGGCAGAACGGUAGAGACGCAGGGUGGUGGUGUGGCGGUUGUGAGAGCUAUGUGGGAGUUCCUGCGUCGUACAGAGAGGCGGGACCUGUAGACUCUGUUAUUGUAAGAUCACUAUACUGUGGGGAGAAUCGUGUAUAUUGGGUUCCCGCGGCGUUAAAGAGCAUGUAUGAUAUCCUAUUUCGUAAACGAAGCUUCUGUUGUCGUUUGACGAAUUUAUAUAUUUGUAUAAGAAUCGGACUGUCCUCACUAUGUUCUACUAGGGGAUACCUAGAUUCGCGAAC